AUGAUAGAUUUUUUAGAUGAGUCCAAAGACUUGCAUAACGAAAAUUGCAAAAAGAACAUAUAUUUUAUUAAAGUAAGAGAUUUUUAUGGAGAUAAUUUUAAGAACUAUUUUUCAAACCUAAACUUGAUUAUUGAUUCAUUAAGAAAAAAACCAGAAAAUCAAAUAAAAACACAAAAUUAUAUUUAUAACCCAGAAAGCCUAAAUUUGGAGGGUUUUAAGAGUUAUUGUAAAUAUAUAGAAAAAAAAAACAAGUUUCCAUAUACACAAGAUCUUUUUAUUACUAUCAAAAACCAAAUUUUAUCAGCAAAUAACGAAAUCGAUAUCCAAAAUGAUUUAAUAAAUAUUUUAGGAUAUGAUAACCUAGAUUUUAUUACAUUAAUAACACGAAAUGCUCAAAAUCUUAAGAAUGAAUUACUACAUAUCAAUAAUGAAUUCAAUUCAGAAAAAAAAAACAUAUUUUUUUUAAAAGAUAAAACUAUUGAAGAUAUUUCCACUAAAGUAGAUCAAAAAGAAACAGAUACAUUUCAACAUAAUGAAAACAGUGUAUUUUUUUUAGAAAAAAAUCCAUAUAAAGGUUCAGAAACAUAUCCAAAUAUUUAUGAAGAUUCAAAUUCAAGAAACUCUUUAAAUAUCUUUGGCACUAAAUUCUGCCUACCUCCUGGCUCAACUAGAAAUAUUUCUCCACUUUACGAAGAAAUUACUAUUUACCCUUCUGCUCAAGAAACACAAAAAAUGAAUAAGAAAAUAUUAUCUAUUGAAGAAAUGAACGAUCUUUGUGCAAGAUCUUUCAAAGAAUACCAAACUUUAAAUUAUAUUCAAUCAUUAGUAUAUCCUAUUACAUAUGGCACGAACGAGAACAUGCUAAUAUGUGCACCAACUGGAGCAGGAAAAACAGAUAUUGCUAUACUUGCAAUUAUGCGAGUGAUAUCACAAUUUUCAUACCCAUCUCCGUAUGAACAGCCUAGAUCCAAAGACUUCAAAAUAAAUAAAAACGCAUUCAAAAUUAUUUAUAUUGCUCCAAUGAAAGCUCUCGCAUCAGAAAUUGUAAAAAAGAUCAAAAAGCGCCUAUCAUGGUUAAGUAUUCAAGUUCAAGAACUCACAGGUGAUAUGCAACUAACAAAAUCAGAAAUGAUUUCGACACAAAUUCUUGUAACAACACCAGAAAAAUGGGAUGUUGUAACAAGAAAAAGUGCAGGCGAUACAGAAUUAAUACAAAAAGUUAGACUCAUAAUACUUGAUGAAAUUCAUAUGCUCCAAGAUGAAAGAGGCACAGUUAUAGAAACGUUAGUUGCAAGAACACAAAGAUAUGUUGAGUCUAGUCAAACAAUGAUUAGAAUUAUAGGACUUUCAGCAACAUUACCAAAUUAUGUCGAUGUAGCAAAAUUUCUAGGAGUUAAUUGCUAUCGCGGAUUAUUCUAUUUUUCAAAUCAAUUUCGCUCAGUUCCUCUAGAACAACACUUCAUAGGUGUUAAAGGAAAAUCUGGAUCAAAAGUGUCAACUAUAAAUAUAGAUUUAACAACAUAUGAAAAGGUUAUACAGCUUGUUAAAAAUAAUCAUCAGGUCAUGGUCUUUGUUCAUGCACGUAAAGAAACAAUCAAAACAGCAAGAACACUUCUUAAUUCAGCAAUAAACGAUGGCUAUGGAGAUAUUUUCAAUCCUUCAAAUCAUAUACAAUACCAUUUUUUCAAAAAAGACAUUUCUAAGUUAAAAAACAAAGAAAUAAAAGAUUUACUUGAAAAAUGUUUUGGAAUUCACAAUGCAGGGAUGUUAAGAUCAGAUAGAAAUAUCAUAGAAAAAUACUUUAGCAAUGGAAUUAUUAGAGUUUUGUGUUGUACAGCUACUUUAGCAUGGGGAGUUAAUUUACCAGCAUAUGCAGUCAUAAUAAAAGGAACUCAGCUUUAUGACCCACAAAAAGGUGCAUUUGUUGAUUUAGGUAUUUUGGAUGUUCUUCAAAUAUUUGGAAGAGCAGGAAGACCUCAAUACGAAAAUCGUGGAAUUGGAUACAUUAUUACAUCUAAUGAUAAAUUAGCACACUAUAUAUCCUCAAUAACUCAACAACAUCCUAUAGAAUCUAGAUUUAUGGAAAAAAUAACAGAUAAUCUUAAUGCAGAAAUAUCGCUAGGAACAGUGACAAAUCUAGAAGAAGCAGUAUCAUGGCUAAGUUAUACAUAUUUUUAUAUAAGAAUGAAAAAAAAUCCUCUUAUAUAUGGAUUAACUCAUGAACAGAUCCUUAACGACCCACAAAUAUAUGAAAGAAGAAAAGAACUUAUAAUUUCAGCAGCAAAAAAACUAUACAAGACACAAAUGAUAAUCUUUAAUAAAAAAACAGGUUUUCUAAGUCCAAAAGACUUGGGAAGAAUAGCAUCUAAUUAUUAUAUUUCCCAACAGAGCAUAGAAAACUUUAAUUUAUUACUCAAAUCAAAAAUGACAGAAACCGAAGUCUUUUAUGUUUUAAGCAGAAGUUCAGAAUUUUCACAAAUAAAAUAUAGGGAAAAUGAAAACGAAGAAUUAAAACAGCUUCUAAAAAAAAAUUGCCACUAUAAAAUCAAAGAUGCUGUCGACUCAACAUAUGGGAAAGUUAACAUUUUACUUCAAAGUUGUAUUUCCAAAGCAUCAAUAGAAGAUUCUGCUUUAAUAUCUGACUCAAAUUAUAUAGAAACAAAUUCCAAUAGGAUUUGUAGAGCAUUAUUUGAAAUAGCGCUAUCUCGAAACUGGGUAUCUGCUUUAACUAUUUUAAAUGUUUGUAAAUCUCUUGAAAGGAAAAUAUGGUCAUAUGAACAUCCACUAAGUCAGUUUAAUCUACCUAAUAAAAUAUUGGAAAGACUAGAAGUCCAUAAUAAUGUUAAAAAUAUAGAAGAAUUGAGGACAAUGAGUAAAGUAGAACUUGGAAUGCUUGUUCAUCAUAUUCGUUUGGGUAGAAUUAUAUCUAAUUAUGUUGAUAAAUUUCCCCUUUUAAAGGUUAACGCAGAUAUUUUUCCACUUGCAAAAAGAAUCUUAAAAAUUCAACUAACAAUACAGUCAGAUUUUAUAUGGGAUAUUGCAUUCCAUAAUUCUACAGAAUUUUUUUGGAUUUGGUUAGAAAAUUCAGAUUCUAUGGAACUUUUACAUUCUGCUCGUUUACUGCUUUCUAAAAAAAAAAAUCAAGAAACGGUUCUAAAUUUCACUAUUCUUCUACCAGAUAUUAUUCCAUCUCAAAUACUUGUCUGGGCAAUAUCAGACAGAUGGUUAAGAGCAGAGACAAUGACCCCAAUAUCUCUUAAUAAUGUUAUUUUCCCAGAAGAAUCAAAUUCAAUAACAGAGUUAUUAGAUCUUCAACCUCUUCCUAUUUCAGCAUUAGAUAAUCCUAUUUUAGAGGAAAUUUAUUCUAAGAAAUUCAUUUUUUUUAAUGCAAUACAAACACAAAUAUUCUACACUCUAUAUCAUACUAAUGAAAAUGUUUUAAUUGGAGCACCUACUGGAUCAGGGAAAACAAUAGCAGCAGAGCUCUCUUUAUGGUGGGCAUUUAAAACAAAACCAUCUUUUAAAGUAGUAUAUAUUGCACCAAUGAAAGCAUUAGUUCGAGAAAGAGUUGAAGACUGGACUACAAGAUUAACAAAUCCAUUAAAAAAAAAACUUAUAGAAUUAACAGGUGAUACUUUACCAGAGUCCAAAGAUAUACACGAAGCAAAUAUAAUUAUAACCACACCUGAGAAAUGGGAUGGUAUCAGCAGAGGCUGGAAAAAGAGAAAGUAUGUUCAAGAAAUAUCAUUAGUUAUCAUAGACGAAAUUCAUCUUCUUGGAAGUGACCGUGGGCCUAUACUUGAAAUUAUUGUAUCGCGUAUAAACUAUAUUGCUACUCAAAACAAAUCGCAUAUUCGAAUAGUAGGACUAACAACUGCUAUAACAAAUGCAUAUGAUUUGGCAGAUUGGUUAGGCGUAAAAGAAACUGGAUUGUACAAUUUUCGACACUCAGUAAGACCUGUCCCAUUAAAAAUUUAUAUUGAUGGAUUUCCUGUUUCUAAUCAUUAUAGUUGUCAGAGAAUGGCAUCAAUGAAUAAACCAGUAUUUUCAGCUAUUCUUGAUCAUUCUCCAAAUAAACCAGUACUAAUAUUUGUAUCAUCAAGACGACAGACUAGAUUAACGUCAAAAGAUUUAAUAAGUUAUUGUGGUUUAGAAGAAAAUCCAAAAAGAUUUUUGCACUUAUCAGAUCACAAAUUAAAUAUGAUUUUAAGUCAAGUUAAAGACGAGUCUUUAAAAAACGCAUUAGGAUUUGGUAUCGGUCUUCAUCAUGCGGGACUAACUGAAAGCGAUCGUAAACUAUCAGAAGAACUUUUUAUAAAUAAUAAAAUUCAAAUUCUUAUUGCAACUAGUACAUUAGCAUGGGGGGUAAAUACUCCAGCGCAUCUAGUAAUUAUAAAGGGUACAGAAUUUUUUGAUGCAAAAACUCAGGGGUAUAAAGAUAUGGACUUAACUGAUGUACUUCAAAUGCUUGGGAGAGCAGGGAGGCCCCAAUUCGAUACAACAGGUGUAGCAAAAAUAUUUGUUCAAGAUACUAAAAAAUCUUUUUAUAAACAUUUUCUUCAUACAGGAUUUCCUGUUGAAUCUUCUUUGCAUAAAGUUUUGACUGAUCAUAUUUCUGCCGAAAUAGUCAAUGGAACAAUUUCUUCAGAGCAAGAUGCAAUAAAAUAUUUAACAUGGACUUAUUUCUUUAGAAGGAUUUAUAAAAAUCCCACAUACUAUGGUUUAUCUGAUAGUUCUUCAAAUAAUAUAAACAUAUAUUUAUCAAAAAUAAUUAAUACAUCAAUCAAUGAACUUAUAAUAUCUAAUUGUAUUUAUAGAGACGAGGAUGAAACACUUAAAGCAACCGUUUUUGGCUCUAUAGCUAGCUAUUAUUACAUAUCUCAUAAAACUAUUAGAAAUUUAUUGAAUAAAAUGAAACUUGAAAUUAAUUUUAAAAAUUGUCUAAGACUUCUAUCCGAAGCAUCAGAAUUUGAUGAAUUAUCGGUACGCCAUAAUGAAGAUAUCAUUAAUAAGGAAAUUUCUCAAAAACUACCCUUCAAAGGUGAAGAAAUAUCUUUACCUAUGUGGGAUCCUCAUAUAAAAACUUUUCUUCUUAUUCAGGCACAUUUAAAACAUUUUAAUUUGCCAAUCAUAGAUUACGUUACGGAUACUAUUUCUAUUUUAGACCAAAGUAUUCGAAUUUUACAGGCAUAUAUAGAUGUAUCAGCUGAACUAGGCUAUUUAGAAGCAUGUUUAGAAUUCAUAUCCCUUAUGCAAUAUAUAAAGCAAGCCAGAUGGCCAGAGUCACCCGAAUUAUCUAUACUUCCAGGUGUAAAUUAUGAAAAUGCAAUAAAUUUACAACAAAUAUCACAAAUAAAAUUAGAAUUUCUUCCAAAAAAAUCUAAAAAUGAUCUAGAAAAACUAGGAUUACUUCUUAAAGUUCCUAAGGAAAAAAUAGCAGAAUUUAUAAAAGUUUCAAAAAGCAUACCUGCAAUAACAGUAAAAGUCUAUCAAAAAGAAAAAUCUAUAUUAAAUGUAUCUAUUAUAAAAGAUACAAAACCUUAUCACUCAGAUUACAUACUUUACACUCCAAAAUUCCCAAAACCUCAAAAAGAAGGCUGGUAUGUAUUAUGUACAUCCCAUAUAUCUAAUAAAGUUCAUGCAUUAAAACGAUUAACUAUGUCUACAUAUACACAUGGUAUAUUAAACACUAAUAUUAUAAUACCUGAAAUCAUUUAUGGAAAAACAGUGGAUAUAAUAGUAAUAUCAGAUGCUUUUUGUAUCAAAAAAAUACAUAGCAUAACAUUAUUGUCAUAA